AAUGUCAAGUCAAGUAAUCAAUAAAUAUUUGCUUUGCAAGGUUUGCAAGCCACAGACCAAGUCCAAAUAUUCGUUGCGAGUGUUGAUUUUACAAAUUCUAACAUCAGCGGGUGAAACAGUAUAAAACAGAAGUUUAUCUUUAGUGAAUCUGAUAAAAUUUUAUUUAUUUGCCUUGAUUUUCAGUGACUGAAAUACAAUAGUCUACACUAAACAAAGCGCCCUCUAUUCUAAAACUGUGCAUUUUACGUAAACUACAUUUACCUACGCAUUAUUUUCUGACUUGCAUCAAAAAUUCGUGUGAUAAAACAAUUACUUUGGCUCAACAUGGCUCCAACUCUUCAAACCUUCAUAAACAGCUUUCAGAAUCGCCUGGAACCCCCAGUUCGUCAGCAUCUCAAAAAUGUUUAUGGCACACUAAUGAUGACUUGUGGGGCUGCAUCUGCUGGAGUGUAUGUAGACAUGUUCACAAGAUUCCAGGCUGGAUUCCUCUCUGCUAUCAUAGGAGCAGGACUCAUGUUGAUGCUUAUUGCUACACCAGAUAAUGGAAAGAAUACAAGUCUGCGUCUUGGCUAUCUUUUAGGAUUUGGGUUGACUUCAGGUAUGAGCAUGGGUCCUUUGAUGGAGUAUGUCAGUGUUAUUGACCCAUCCAUAAUUGUAACAGCUUUGAUGGGAACAACCCUGGUGUUUGUCUGCUUCUCCAUAGCAGCCAUGCUGGCCGAGCGUGGAAGCUGGCUUUUCCUUGGAGGCACUUUGAUGACAUUGUUGACAUCUAUGUCCUUGAUGACCUUAGUAAACCUGUUUAUGCAGUCUCAUUUCCUUUAUCAAGCUCACCUUUACCUUGGACUUAUGCUCAUGUGUGGAUUUGUACUCUUUGACACUCAACUCAUCAUUGAAAAACGUCGCAUGGGUAGUAAGGACUUUGUACAGCAUGCCCUUGAACUCUUCAUAGACUUCAUUGGAAUUUUCAGGAGACUAGUCAUUAUUUUAACUCAAAAGGAAGAACAAGAGCGUCGCCGCAAACGUGAUUAAACAUUUUAUAGCUAUUACUGAAGAAAUACAAGAAGGUAUUUUAGCUACAAAAUCUCAAUUUCGACAGAGAUAAAAGUAAAAAUAUAUUAUUCACUACAUUAAGUUUGGGAAAUUGUAAGUUUUAUUUAUGUAACGAACUGAUGAAUUAAAUUCUUUGUUUUAAA